AUGCUCUCAUCAACACAUUCAGCGGCGCGCAUGAACAUCACUAGAUCACGCACUGGUUGCGCUGUGUGCGGAUCAAAGUCUCCGCCCAAGGAUCCCCCUGAGACGCCUGCAGAUGCUACUGUUGAUGAUGUCGCCUUACCCCCUCCUCAACAAACCCAGCCAAGUCCAAUAUAUGCGUCUUAUCAACCUACGCCACUGCAAAGACAACAACAACAACAACAACCCCCGCAUCCGCCUCCGCCUCCACCACCGCCUCAAACUCAACCACAACCUCAGCACUCGGGGCAGUUUGUCAACAGUUAUUAUGAUCAAGGACUUUUAGAUCAUCUCUCCAAUGUUAUCGACGCGGGAUGCAUCGAGCCCCAAGGGCAGGAAACCUUGGAUGGCUCCAUGCCUAUGAUGCAAUUCACCGAUGAUAUGCUUCACCUAUAUCCAGACCAAUCACUCGGACAAACACCAGAUCAGGUUUCCCCAGAGCAAACUGAUGACAGGCUCUGGUCAACUACCACAAUGGAACCACAACCAGUAUAUUCUCAGGCCUUGACAAGAGUAGAACCCACAAACCAGGCUUCUGAGCAAGUUAUCGAAAUGCCCUUGGCUCAAGCUCUCCAGGACCAUUCCUCCGUUCUUGUUGAAUACUACUUCAAGGAAGUAUGCGGAAUGAUGUCGUGUUAUGACAGUCCGAUGAACCCAUAUCGAACUACUAUUUCAAACAUGUGGUCCGGCUCACAGUCCCUCUACUACAUCACACAGAGUAUGGCUGCCGCGUGCCUCUCAGAGGUCUCACCCACCUUUGCAUCAGUUGGCCAUCGACUACGAGACCAAGCCAUGAUAUGCUUGUCUAGAGAAGCCAAGAUUGCUGAAUUAGAAACGUCGUCUCUGUUGGCUUUAGUCAUGUUAGGAAUGAGUCUUUCAUGGCACGAUCCGGAUAGUCUCGGACAACCACAAUUCGACGUCCUCGCAAGGAAAGUUAUAACUGCAGAGGCGCGUGGAGACCCUCUUGCGUUAGCCGACAAGAAGAAGGAGUUUUUCUUUUACAACUCGCUUGUGUAUUGGAAAAUGCUGCUCUCUUUUGUGACGGACUUGGACCCCAAUACGAGAAGUGCUGCGCCGCAACCUGUCCCACCGGACUCACUCGAUAUGCACGAACCUCGCAUGCCUCACCCCCAGACAGGCAUCGGUAUCGAGGUACAGGAAUUAGUUGCCAGCGUGGGUUGUCUUGUACGAAAAGAACGAAAGCGAUUGCGGACCCGACGUUUUGUUUCCAAGGACGAUAUUCAACAGGCCCAGGAUGCAAUUCUAGCUUCGGAACAACUGCAUGCCGAGCUUUGUGCAAUCGAACUGCCCCAGGAAGGCGAUAUUGUCGACGCUGGCGACGACCUAACUCCGGCGAUUCAUUUAGUCAACAUUGCCGAAGCUUAUCGAUGCACAGGGCUGCUUCAGUUAUACCGAAACUUCCCGGAUCUUUUGGUGCCGUAUGCACAAUCAGCACACUUUAUGACGGGCUCACCUGAUUCUUCGGGUUCUUAUCCGGAUGAGAGGGCUUUUGCAGAUACGUGGUUGACCUGCCUAGCUCUCCAUGUGCUAGACUUGGUCAAAGAUAUUCCUACAACGUCUCGAAGCCGGUCUAUCCAGCCGUUGUUGUUUCGAUCUCCCGUGGCGAGUGUAGCAGCCAGUCCACGAUUUAGAGUGCCGUUGAACGGGUUGGAGGUUCUCCAAGCGAGAAAGAUAGUUCUUGCUCGUCUUUCCGCCUUUGAAAAUAUUCUGGCGGCCAAGCCGAUUCGGCGAAUGCUGAUGCUGGUCAAGAAGACAUGGGCUUGCAUGGAUGAGGAUAAGAAGGAUACGUAUUGGAUGGAUGUGAUGAUGGAUAACGGAUAUGAGACGUUGAUGGGAUAA